AUGUUUCGGCGACGUUGGUCUGGUCUGCCAGAAGACCCCGCCUUCCCUGCCGACUUGGAGGAACUCGGCUACUGUGUCGAGCCCACUUCGGAUGAGAUCCGCAAUGCCGAGGAUCCAAAGUACUACUUCCACUACUUCCGAUCAAAGAAUGAGCGCCACAACGAAUGCCAGCGCUUCGCCUUCAACACGGCCGUCGAGAAACAGCUCAUCCACCCACGUCUCGAGGCCUUGGGCCUGACCAAGCUCGUACUGCCCCUUGGCACCGACCCGACCAAGCCCCACGUCCCCAUCUUCGUCUCGCCACACCUCGAGAGCAAGAAGCGCGUGGUCCUCAUCGUCGGCGAGAGCGAGCAGGAGCUCGGCGUCCUCGCGCACAGGGUCAUUGGCGGCGCGGGUGGUGUCGACAAGGGCAGUAUGGUGGACAUCGCCCGGGCGAUCCUCCAGGGCAACCAGUCCAACAACCAGAGCCAGAACGAGAACCCCACAGGUGGUAUCACCACCACCGCCACCACCACCACCACCAACAACAACACUACUCCCGGCCUCGUCCUUGCCAACACGGGUGAGCUCUGGUGGUGGCCCGAGGGCGGCCGCGGCCUUACCACGCGCGGUGCGCACAGCGCCCCUCUGCGUAGCGCCGUGCACUGGGGCCGAUACCGCGAUGGCUAUGACCCGAACAAUGCCAACACGGUCCCGCGCAAUGGGAGUCCCGAAGAGCACAUACUUUGCGUGUUCCAGCAGGUCCUGGGUAACAGGGACCUUGUGGCGGCUGACGCCGUUGUCCAGGUUGUCGGGGUCGGCAAUGGCGCGGCGGCUGUGGAGCGAGUGCUGGAUUCGUCCUGGGCACGCUGGGAAGGAAGGAUCGGCUGCCUGGCCAUGUGCGGCAGCGGUCUUGAUGCUGAAUCCGUACGGGAUGCCGGAUUCAAGAGGUUUCUGAGGGAGAAGGCUCGCCUUUACAUCACUUGCCAAGAGCAGGCUGGAGCCCUCAUUUCCGGACCAGAGGGAAACAACAAGACAGUUCUGUAUACAAACUACGGCACCUACGUCUUCAGCUCCGGCGAGCGGUACUAUACCGAGCUGGCGCUCAUCAAGGCAAAAGAUAUACUUCUUGACUGGCUGGCAGAGGUCGGCCGUGCUGGUGCUGGCUAUGUCAACCCCGAGGUCGAGGUCACCUACGCCGAUGAAUACGUAGGCGAAGGAGAGCAGACUGGCGCUGCCGCUGCCGCUGCGUUCGAGAAACCGACGCGUGAGGAGCAGAAAGACAAGGGACUUGAGAUCAUUACCCGCGAGGAGUAUGAGGAUCGUUUGAGGACGGGGCCCAAGAACAAGUAG